AAUCAAUAACACUGUGCUUACGAGCGUAGCUGAGGUGGAUUGAAAAUGAAUUUCAAACUAGGAUUUCCAUCCAAUGUUUUCUCAGACACCCGCGCCGAAUUGUACCCGUUUUUUUCCCAUUGUUUUGAUCCUAGAUGGGAAUGACGUAAGCUGCAUAUUUCCAAUCUUGCCAGGUAAUGUGUUUAUUAAGUUUACUAUAAUGCAAACAAAUUACAAAUUAUUUGAAUUUGGUUCAAAAUUUAUUAUAUUUAAUUCUUAAUAUAUUAUUAUAUAAACAUUAUGCAUGCAUUCCCCAUCCCCCAGUAAAAAUUAACAGGGUGCUACAUCUCCUUUACAAAUACAAGCGUCUUCUAGCUGUCAUUCAAAAUUACGGUCAACUUUCCAUUGUGACGAUGCUUGAUUAUGACGUCAUAAUAGUCCCUUUCACGACAGUAUACAAGCAUGGAGGCCUCUAGUCGUUUUAUGAAAUUCUUUAGGCGUGGAAAGAGAAAUAGAGUGAGCGUGUAUGCCCCGUCAACGGAGACUGCAGGGACAUCUCAAGUUCCUGCUGAUCACCAUGCAAGGGAGGGAAUUUUCACGUCGUCACGGGAGACUGCAGGGGCAUCUCAAGUUCCUGAUGAUCACCAAGCAAGGAAGGGAAUUUUCACGUCGUCACGGAUGACUGCAGGAUCAUCUCAAGCUGCUGCUGAUGACCAAGCAAGGAAGGGAAUUUUCCCGUCGUCACGGAUGACUGCAGGGACAUCUCAAGCUCCUGCUGAUCACCAAGCAAGGAAGGGAAUUUUCACGUCGUCACGGGUGACUGCAGGGACGUCUCAAACUCCUGCUGAUCACCAAGCAAGGAAGGGAAUUUUCGGGCGGCUGAGGGACGCCUGGAAGAGAGUAAAGAAGAUAGGGCGUAAUAGGGUACACCCUCAGCCGCCAGAAACCGAUGACUCAUUACCCAACGAUCCAGAGAUUGAAUCUCCACCAGACUCAUUGACCGGAUCCAUAAUUUUAAGCUUUGACAAAACUCCAUCAUUAAUUUCCGUGGUGGAAAGCCAGGCCUUAACUUGCAUUUUAUCUGACGAUGAGGGUUCCGAUAACAUCUUGAUUUCUUGUUACGACAGAUAAAUAUUUUGAAGGCCAUAGCUGGUUUGAUGGCACUGACGAGCUGACCGUAUACAACUGUACCACCGGUCUUUAGUUCAAGUCGGGUCUUCUUUGAAAGUCAAAGGCCAUAUCUGGAUUCCCGGUUCAGCAAAACCAUAAAGGAUUAAAUAUAUCAACUAACGACUGGAAGCUAAUUACUAAACGCAAUGGAAUCCUAUUCCAUAUGGAAACCGUUUUAAAAAGUUAAUAUUUAGAUUUCAAUUUUUAAAUGU